UUUAAGGUCAAGAGCAGUAUUCCUAUGAAGAUCCAAUCACAGAAUUUUUGGCAUGUGUAUAUGUCAAUUAUGAUUUUGAUGCCGCCCCAAAAAAGAUGCGAGGGUGUGAAGAAGUGAUAUUGAAUGACCCAUUCCUCGGCAAACGAGUGGAAGAAGGCAACUUUUCAACUGUACCAGUGAGGGACGAGUUCCUUGAAAAUGCCGUCUUUUUAUCUUUGAGACUUAUUGCCGAAUACAUCAGCGCAUUGACAUGGGGGUUCUUGCAGAAAAACUAAAUUUGAAUUAUGAUGAGGCUGAGAGAUGGAUUGUGAAUCUUAUCCGAACCUCAAAGCUUGAUGCUAAGAUUGAUACAAAGUCGGGAACUGUUAUCAUGGAACCUAAUCAUCCUAAUGUGUAUGAGCAGUUAAUAGACCACACCAAGGGACUGUCAGGACGUACUUACAAACUAGUUACUCAGCUUCUGGAACAUGCACAGGCACAGCCUGCUCGAUAAAUUUGGUAUUGAAGUUGCUACUCAUUUAUUAAGGG